AUGGAGAGCUACCUCAAGCCCAAGAUCGCCGCCCCCAGAGUAGACUCAUCCAAGCGCCAGCGGAAGUGCCAGGAACCAAAGGUCCAUGCGGGUGCGGUGAGGCGGCGGCAGCACACCAGAAGACUGCAACUUUCGUGGAACUUUCGUUUUGCGCGCCGCUUGUCCAAGUGA